AUGGAAGAAAUUUCAAAAGAACUUGAGGGUCUACCGAACAAAGCAUUUAUCAAUACAAUUAAGACUGGUGUAGAUAACUAUAAAGCUGCGUUAAUAUUAAGUUGUUCAGAGCAAUUGGAUUCCCUUAACAAUACAACUGAAGAUAAUCAAGACGAAUCUAACGACGAUAUAUAUUCAAUAUAUGAUAACAAUUUGAAUAUUAAUAUCGAUGCGCAAUCAUUGGGUAAUCAGAAUGAAUCUAACGAUGAUAUACGUUCAAACUAUGUUACCGUCGGCGAUUCAAGCAAGACUGAUGAAAUUGCCUUGGAUAAUAUCAGUGACAUUCCUAAAACUUUGAUUGUGAAUAUCGAUAUACAAUCAUUAGACGAAAUAUGGAAUUUCUUUAUGACAUACGUCCUGAAUAUGGGAAUUUUGUUGAUAUUACAGCCACACUCACGUGAUAUGGAUUUGGUUUUGGAAGUUGGGG